CUCCACGUGACUGAACCAAAGGUAAACAACUUCAUCAACACUAAGGCUGUCGACAAGAGCAUACUUAGCCAUGGCUCCUGCGACUCAAUACGAACUUUCACCGCCCCCAACCGACGCGGUCUCGGCGAUCGCGUUUGCGCCGUCCUCUGGAACCAAGCUCCUUGUCUCAUCAUGGGAUAAGAAGGUGUAUUGCUACGAUAUCGCAGGUGGAGCUGGCGAGGCGACUCUCGUCAACACAUACGAACACCGGGCGCCAGUCUUGGAUGUUUGCUUCGGCGCCAAUGAUAAUGAAGCUUUUACUGCUGGCGUGGAUUGGUGUGUUAACAAAAUCGACUUGGAGACUGGUGAGAAGACUUUGCUGAGCAAGCAUGCUGCGCCGGUGCGAUCUAUAGCCUACAGUCCAAAGUUUUCGAUCUUGGUCUCCGCGUCUUGGGAUUGCAGCUUGAACCUCCAUAACCUCAGCGAUCCUUCAAGCACUCCCAUAAGGGUCUCCCUCCCCGGCAAGCCCCAUGCGCUGGCUGCUAGUCCUACAAAGAUCGUGGUUGCCAUGGCCGGCCGUGUUAUUAACAUCUACGACCUGAAGACCAUUGUCGACCUAUUCGCAACUGGCUCAUCUGACCUGCAGCCAUGGCAACAACGUGAAUCAUCCCUGCGAUAUUUGACACGCGCAGUGUCCUGCAUGCCCAAUGAUGCCGGCUACGCCACUAGCAGUAUUGAAGGCCGUGUUGCAGUUGAGUGGUUUGAGGACACAGCCGAGUCCCAGGCUCGAAAGUACGCCUUCAAGUGCCACCGACAAGCAGCACCAGAUGGUGAUGGUGAUAUUGUUUAUCCCGUAAAUGCUCUCGCCUUCCACCCUGUUCAUGGAACAUUUGCUUCAGGGGGUGGCGAUGGCACUGCUGCUUUGUGGGAUGCAGAAGCAAAGCGACGACUUAAACAGUACCAGAAAUUCCCCAACAGCGUUGCUGCGCUUGCUUUCUCAAGUGACGGGAGAUAUCUUGCCGUGGGUGUUUGCCCCGGUUUUGAAACUGGCCAGGAGGACUACAGCGGUGCCGGACAGACAUCGGUAUUGAUCCGUGAGCUUGGUGAGAACGAAGCCAAGGGUAAGGGGGCCAAAUAGGCGGGAACGUGUUGGACAGUCUUGUUAUCCCAAAAGGCGUUCUGGUGGUUGCGGGGCUCGAUUGAUUUAUUUUGUACUAUUCUCGAACUAAAGGAAGUGGCAUCAAGAUACCCGUCAUGGAGCAGCACCAAAAUAACGUCGUGAAUGGUUGCACUGCUUGUUCUUUGUUCUUUUGCUGCUGACCACCCACGUAUAGGUAUCUUGGGCGAUUUCAGUGGUCUCAAGAGAUGGGCUCCUCGGCUUCAGAUCUUUGUGGUUUCCAGUGAUUGGUUCGUGUCCAUUCUCCCGUAGUCGAAUAACCAUUGGUUGAGGAUAUCCAAGUGAUACUUCCUUCACAUCAAAUCCAUCUCGGCAUUGGUAUUCCAAGCUAUUGGAUGGUAGAGCACAUGGCCACGGAGAAGGCCCAGGAAGUUUAUAAUCCCGAAUUCGAACUCCCUUUCUGAUCGUGUAUUGCCCCUUCCUCUCAAUCAAACGAGAGGCUCCUUGAGGAAC